AAAGCGCCAGACAAUCGCAGAGCAGCAGAGAAACGGAGAGCGCGAGCGGCACGCGUUGUGUCCAUGGACUACAGGAAUAUCUCGUUUCUUGUCCACAACGUUUCUGCAUUUGUUGCAGUAGACUUUUAUCGAUUACUGCCACUUACCUCCUUACAAUGACCUAAACGGGUUUUGUUUCUUGUUUUUCUUGUCGGACUGUAAUUAAUUGGGUAAGUAAGUGCUGGUGGACAUCCUCACUGUUGUUUCAGGACUGGAACAUCAUAUUUGCGUGCAUAAUUUGGAUAUUAGAUGAGCGAAAAGUUCUGGACCUCUCAUUUUGGACACCAGGUGCGUGUUCUUCACCAGCGUUAAAAGUACGAUCUAUCUUUGACACCUUUGUCCAUCGAAAAAUUGAACUAUUUCUACUGGGUGGGUGUUAUUUUUUUUCAACGGGAGUAAAAAUACAACUCCAAGUCACUGACAGAAAUGCUAAUGCUGCGGUUGAUGGAGAAAUAUUUCUAAAAAAUCACCCGCAGUGGACCUGGCGCCCCGCAUCAGUCUGUGUGCGCUUUGAAACAUUUAACUUCACCCCAUGUACAAUCAUAAUAUUGUUUGAAAUCCAUCCCAAAUCAGAUUCAUACAUUAACCAUAUGGCUUUGCCUUCUCAAAUUUGAAAAUUACUUGGGACUUUCAGUUGAGGUCAUUGACUCCUUUGAAUGGAAAAAAGGAGGUUGAUGUUUCUGAAUCUGCUUUCUUUUACAAACAUUCAGAGAUUUGUUCUCCGAGACUUUCUGAUGUGGAUGUUGCGGUCACACCAUCUCCUCAAGCGCAGAGGGAUCUAGUGAAGUUCAACCCUCCGCCAGUCUUUUGUCUCUAUUAGGUCCCAGGCAUUUGUCUUGAGGAACAUGGGAGUCCAGACGAGGGGAGCCUGGGUGGCUAUGGCGUUCUCGGACUGGGUCAGUGGAUUGGGAAUUCUCUUAAUCUUCCUGAUGGAGAGUUUAGCAGUUGAUGCGACCAACAUGGAGCCAGUAUACUGGAACUCUCUGAACAGAAGGUUUGGAGAUGAGAGGGGCUACAUACUCUACCCUCAAAUAGGGGAUCGUUUGGACCUCGUUUGCCCUGCCAUGAGUCCAUCAGGGCCGAACUCUCCUCCUGAGUACGAGUAUUAUAAACUGUACCUGGUGUCCUCACGAGAGCAGGCCGACAGGUGUGAGGUGAUGGGCGCCCCUAACCUGUUGCUCACCUGUGACAAACCCAACAGCGAUAUGAGGUUUACCAUCAAGUUCCAGGAGUAUUCGCCCAACCUAUGGGGUCAUGAAUUCAAGAACUUACGAGACUAUUACAUCAUAGCUACCUCUGACGGUACAAAAGAAGGGAUCGACAGCAUGAGAGGAGGCGUUUGUGUGACGCGAGGGAUGAAGCUGGUUCUCAAAGUAGGACAGACCGCAUAUGGCCUUCCCCCAAAACCCAAACCUGAUCCAGGCCGUCCCAGCAACAGAAUCCCAGAUACAGAUAGUAGCUCUAAAGCAGGUGAUGGAAGUGAGGCCGGUGAGCGGGGAGACAGUGGCGCCGUGUCCGUCUCUAACAUCGCCCUAAUCGCCGGUGGUGCCGGGGGAGCCUUCAUCCUCCUGAUCGCCGUAGUGAUCGCUGUUGUGUGUUACCGGCGACGGAAAGCCAAGCACUCCGAAACUCACCAUCCUGCACUUACACUCUCCUCUCUUUCCCCAAAGAGAGGCAGCUCCUGCGGGGCAGCUACGGGGACCGUCGGGGGCAACAAUAAUGGCUCAGAGCCCAGUGAUAUCAUCAUUCCCCUGCGGACCUCUGACUCGGCGUACUGCCCCCAUUACGAAAAAGUCAGCGGCGAUUACGGACACCCCGUCUACAUCGUUCAAGAGAUGCCUCCUCAGAGUCCAGCCAAUAUUUACUACAAAGUAUGAGAUCUGCGAACAUGCAGACAACCAAUCCAGAAUUUAUGGUACCUCACACACAUGUGCUGUGUGUCCAAUUGACUCUAUAUUUAAGAGCCUAUACGUGAUACUAGAACUUGGAUAUUAAGUAAAGUUCUAGGAAAGUGGUAAAUCCAGCUUUUAUGUCAUAGCAGCGUGUUUGCAUUUAUUUACAAGUGUGUUUGUGUGGCUGAGGCAGGAGGAUCACGAAUUUCACAUGUACUCAGGUGCAAGUGAAUGUAUGUCACACGCUUUUUGGAGAUGAGUUUAUCCAUCCAUUCUGAUGGUUAAAACUGAGUUAUUGUGCUUAUCCUCAAAACCAAACAGUAUAGAUUGAUUCAUAAAAAAGAAUACCUGUAUGUAUAAUAUACUUCUUACAUUUUUACCCUCUGGGGGGAAAUUCACUAAGAAAGUGCACUGGCUGAUUGCAACGUUUAUUUGCACAUGCAUUGUUUUGGUGGUCCAUUCACUGACUAACAAUAAAAAUGCAUCAAAACACCAUCUCCACGCUACAUUUCGCCACCUGCAGACUGGCGCAAUCUGGGACUGUACAGUAUCGUUAAGAUCCAGAAAACUGACUGAAUCUUUAAAGUGUCAAAACCGGGUUUGACUAGAUGUUUCCAUUUCAAAAGCUUGUUUAAUUUUUUUGAUCAUCAUUUCAUGAAUUAACACUGCCAUUGUCACUAGACAUGUUAAACAAUCAUCUUUUUUAAAUAUUAUCUCAAUUGUGUCUUUUUAGGCGGUUUUGAAUACCGGAUGUCUUUUGACGGGAUCUGAUGAAGACACCGAAUUCAGUAUUUCUUGCGCUUUGGAACAAUCUAAAAAAAUGUAUGUAGUUAGCAGAAUCAAGCUUUUGGCUUAGUUGGAAAUAUUAUAGAAUGUUGGUGCAUUCUAAAAUAAGGCUAAUUUGCAUAGAAAGGAGGCAUGUUUGCGUGUAAAAUGAAAAAUAUUAUUUGAUAAUUCACUUAAGUUUAUACGCUAUUCCAUCACAAAAAGCACUUGUUAAACUGGAUUGUGUGUGGCUAGUGAAUAAGACGCCAACUGUACUGGGCGUAAAAGUAGUGCAACUGUUUAGUGAAUUCGCCCCUCUGUUCAUCUGACUGUAAAUGUUUGUCUUUUCUGAACUCAGACCUCCAUCUGAUUUAUUUAUUAAGCAUCAAAGAAACCGUUUUUCAUUCCUUCCACUUCAUCAGCUUGCUAUUGCAACUCCUCAGCACCCGAUUGUUUGUUUUUGAGGUUUUUAAAACAUUUUUAUGUGAGCAGCAGGAAUCACAUGUGGAGGAGUUGUAGAUGGAUGAUCGUCUGUUUCAGAUGGAGACUCUUCUGAGAUUUCCAAGAGGUUGGAGGUCAAAGUUAAGCGGUCAAAGAAAAACCCCUCAGCGGUGCGCGGGAGUCCUUCACUCAAGUUGUUCUGAGGGGUUCUCGCUCUCUUUCUCUGGCCUUUUGAAGUACUGUGUACACCAUGAUAAACUGACACACAAUGCCAAACUUAUACACACUUAACACACACAUCCACAUUACAGCAGUUUGUGUUUUCAUGUGUUAACCCCCGCAGAUGGACCCCAGCUGUGCAUUGGUAUGUUGCUCAGAGCAUUGUGGUUCAGGCCAAAGACAGUAGGACUAAGACAGCCAGUGCGACUGUGCAUCUCAAGUAACUCAGUCACAAACUCUCCACAUCCUCUUGAGUGAUACACAUAUCCGCUGCUUGGUUAAAAUCUCGUCUCGACACUCAUUAUCACAUUUCGGGCGAUGUCUCCAAACCAUCUCUGACAUUAUCACCCUUGUGCCAGCUUGAGGCUUCAGGUCCACAAUUCACCCGAGUUAUUUCACUGGAUGAAACGUGACAUCAUCGUGAGAUGUAAGAAGAGACCGUCUGUUACCGGCGGGAGUGACCUGAGCUUUCCGGUUCAGACUUCUCUCUGUCCACGUUGAUUUAAGGAUUUCUUGCCGUCGUUACCACAAAUGACUAAAAAUCAGAAAUGGCGCCUUUAUCAUUUUACUUAUUUCUGUUAAUGUAUUUUUUAUGCUUUUGUUCUUCCCAUUUAAUUACUUUCGACAGUUUUGAGCAAAUGAGAGUAAUCUAAACGAAGGAAAACAAAUGCAGUUUUAUCUAACCUACCCUGCUUGUGUCCGUGGUAACCCUCGAUGGUAACUUACAUUGGGAAUUGUAAUUGUAAUUAUCAAAUUCUGAUUCCCCUUAACUGCUCCAUUGACUAUUCUUUCAGGACUUCUGAAUAAAGACAUUUGCAGGGGGGUGGGAUAAGAGAUGUGAUUUUUAUGGCUUUUACAGUCCUUAUCAGUCGCUUGCCAAAUGAUGGACUUUUCACAGAGCAUUUAAUGGUGACAUAAAUUCAAUCCAAUUUGUCCUAACUGUGUAUUAAAUAAAAAACUAAACAUGUCAACAACCAAAAAACAAGUUAUAAGAUUUUCUAUUUUCAUAUUUGUUACAUCAUUAAUUUGUUUUUAUAAAAUACCGCCAAUUACAAAAAACAAUGAGUAUCUUUAUCUGGACAUUGUCAUAUGAAUAUUGAGAAUAUUGCAACCACACUGAGGUGUCACAAGCUUUAAGAUGAAAAUAUCAAAAGGAAUAACUUUUAAGUAAGUGAGUCAUUUGUUUGGGAAUCAGACUACACUGGUCAUCCUGUAUUUGUUUAAAUCACUCAAGGCAUAAAAUCUAUU